CUCGAUCGGUGUGGUGAUAACACAACAUCGGCAAUAAACAAGAAAACACCGAAACACACUUCUGAAUCUGAAUCCGAGGAACGAGGAACAAUUACCAUUUAAUUACGUUCCGUUGUCCACUGCUUCGGUGCAUUUCAAUCCUCUCGUCCUCAUUCUUCGUCUCAUUUCCUCUCCAUGUUCUAGCUAAAGCAUUAAACAAUGGGUGGACCGAAACGCAGCAAGAAAGAUUCAGAAAAGCGUAGUAAACGUAAGAAGAAAGAAGAGGAAGAAGAGUACGUCGAACCUGAUAAUUUCGAUGAAGGAGGUGCAGUACCAGAUGCAGCUAAAAAGAACGUCGAAACUAAUGAUAAAGGUGUGCAGGAAGAUGAAUUCGGAGCUAAAGACUAUCGAUCUCAGAUGUUACUAAAACCUGAUCAUGAAUCGCGACCUUUAUGGGUGGCUCCAAACGGGCAUAUAUUCUUAGAAUCAUUCUCUCCGGUGUACAGACAUGCUCAUGAUUUCUUGAUCGCUAUUGCUGAACCGGUGUGUAGACCUGAAUUCAUUCACGAGUAUAAGCUUACAGCUUACUCGUUAUAUGCGGCUGUGAGUGUUGGUAUUCAAACCAACGAUAUAAUAGAGUAUUUGAAACGACUUAGUAAAACUAGUGUUCCUGAUGGGAUCGUUGAAUUCAUCACUCUAUGUACAUUAUCUUACGGGAAAGUUAAACUUGUCCUGAAACACAAUAAAUACUUCAUCGAAUCUCCAUACCCGGAUGUUAUUCAAAAACUUUUGAAAGAUCCAGUAGUACAAGAAUGUCGUUUAAAGAAAGACGCCGAAUCAGAAGCUUUAACCGUUGUUGAAAAUAAGAAAAUUCAAUUAUCGUUCGCUGGUAAAAAUCUAGUCAAACCAGAAACUGACGGAACUAAAGUAGCCGAGAUCGAAGAAGAACCUAUUGUUCCUGAAGAUAUUUCCGAUUUUUACAAUAAAAUGGAUAAAGAAGACGAAGACAAAGAAGAAGAGGUCACUGAAACUGUAUCGUUCGAAGUGAAUCAAGAAAAAAUCGAAGUUAUUCAAAAAAGAUGUAUCGAAAUGGAAUACCCAUUGUUGACCGAAUAUGAUUUUAGGAACGAUACCGUUAAUCCAGAUAUAAAUAUCGAUUUGAAACCUACAGCUAUGUUGAGACCGUAUCAAGAGAAAUGUUUACGUAAGAUGUUCGGUAACGGAAGAGCUCGAUCGGGAGUUAUAGUAUUACCUUGCGGUGCUGGUAAAAGUUUAGUCGGUGUGACCGCCUGUUGCACAGUUCGAAAGAGAGCUUUGGUUUUGUGCAACUCCGGAGUUUCAGUCGAACAAUGGAAACAGCAGUUUAAAAUGUGGUCUACAGCUGAUGACAGUAUGAUUUGUCGUUUUACUUCCGAAGCUAAAGAUAAACCGAACAAUUGCGCUAUUUUAGUGACGACGUAUUCUAUGAUCACUCACAUGCAGAAACGUUCGUGGGAAGCUGAACAAACGAUGAAAUGGCUUCAGGAUCAAGAAUGGGGUAUAAUGGUUCUAGAUGAGGUGCAUACGAUUCCUGCUAAAAUGUUCCGACGUGUUUUAACCAUCGUCCAGAGCCAUUGUAAAUUAGGUUUAACUGCGACCUUAUUGAGAGAAGAUGAUAAAAUAGCCGAUUUGAAUUUUUUAAUUGGUCCUAAAUUGUACGAAGCUAACUGGCUCGAGUUACAAAAGAGAGGAUUUAUUGCGAAAGUACAAUGUGCCGAAGUAUGGUGUCCAAUGACUCCGGAAUUUUAUCGCGAAUACUUGAAUACGAAAACUAGCAAGAAACUCCUACUCUACGUUCUGAAUCCGAAUAAAUUCAGAGCUUGUCAGUAUUUGAUUCGUUACCACGAACGAAGAGGUGAUAAAACGAUCGUAUUCUCCGAUAACGUAUUCGCUUUGAUACAUUAUGCGAAAGCUUUGAAGAAAUUCUACAUUCACGGACCAACUUCGCAAGCCGAACGACUUCAAGUAUUACAGAAUUUCAAAUAUAAUCCCAAAGUGAACACGAUUUUCGUCAGUAAAGUAGCCGAUACGUCGUUCGAUUUACCCGAAGCUAACGUCUUGAUUCAGAUUUCAUCUCACGGAGGAUCUCGCCGACAAGAGGCUCAACGACUUGGACGUAUUUUGAGAGCUAAAAAAGGCGCUGUGGCCGAAGAAUACAAUGCGUUCUUUUACACGUUGGUAUCUCAAGAUACCUUAGAAAUGAGUUAUUCUCGUAAACGUCAACGUUUCUUGAUCAAUCAAGGAUACAGUUAUAAAGUCAUCACUAAAUUAGCUGGAAUCGAAGAGGAAACUGAUAUGAUGUACAGCACUCGAGAAGAGCAAGGUCAAUUACUCCAAGAAGUAUUAAAAGCCACAGAUACGGAUGCCGAUGAAGAAAAAUUACCCGGAGAAAGUGGUCCGUCGGGAUCUGGAAUCAGGAGAGUGGUUGGAUCGAUGAGUUCCAUGUCUGGAGCUGAUGAUUCUGUGUACUUAGAGUAUAAAAAACCAACGAAGCAUCCGUUGUUUAAGAAAUUCCGCGGAUAAUAUCCUAGUACUUUGUGUUGUUGUGAUAAUUAUUUUUUCUAUAACUAAGUUUUGUUUCGCUGUCAUCUUCGAUCGUAAUGUAUGAGAUUUUCCAUUUAUAAAGAUUUUUUUUCUAA